AUGAAUAAGUUCCGGAGAACUAAAAAGGUCAAGGAGCCUGUCGAGCCCGAAGCUGCCCCGACCGCCUCCAUGGGGUUCAUGGGCUCUAACAAAUUCAAGAAAAACAAAGCAGCAGACAUCCCAGUCCAGCCGGCUCUCGACUUGGAAAAUGCGCUGCCGUCAAGCGACAACUUCCGCACCAGCUUGCUGAUGCCCAAUCUCUCUGCUAGAUUUAGCAUGCUCCGAGAACAAGAUGACCCAACCAGCAAACUCGGAAAGGCCAACGACGACAGCGUCCUCUUCCCCAAGCGCCAGUCACGUCUGAACCUGUUUGGCCACAACCCGAGCCCCCUGACCGAUAUCGCCGAAGUCGCUUCCAUCGGCGGCCGUUCGUCUUUCAACAUUGGCCGAACAGACUCGACUGUUGACGAAAUGGGAAGAACAAAUUCAUACGCAUCUGCAGAUGACUUUACCGACGACUCGUCCACGCAUGGCGGCGUCAUGAAUAGAAAGAGGCCAGGCGAAGGGAACAACCUUUUUGGAGGCCGACAAAAGGUCUACAAGAUUCCUAUCAGUAGUUCUGGUAAAGAUAUUGGCAGCAAAGGCAAGAGUGUUUAUGAAGAUGACGUCCACCUGUCUGCCUUCCAGAAAAUGAGACUGAGGGAGAGGGAAGAGAAAGCCCGCAUGGGCCUGAUGGUCGACGAAGUGCACGACUUGAGCACUCCCGAGUACGAAGAUGUUCCUUCUUUCCUGGCCAAGCGAACAACCUCGUCAUCGACCACUUCUGGACACUCCAAUCCUCGCACAUCGACCGCCGCUACGUCUAUCGAUGAGCAGCCAUUAUCGAACAUCCAGACAAACGGUGCCCCUCCAUCUCCUACCAAAAAGUCGACCUGGGUGCCGCCAACCUUGAUGGGCCACGUUAGCAAAACGCGACGCCUCUAUGGACAGAACCAGGAUCAGCCUCCCUCCCCGUUCAACAGAUUUGAGACUCUUAGUCGGCAAAACUCUGGCGCAGGAACGCCCGAACGCCCAAGUCUCAGCCGGACCUUCUCGAGGAGUGCGAGCAACCUGAGCGAGCGACACCAAAGACUCUCGCCUGCGAACCCUUCGUCUGCUGGAAGCCGCACUUAUAGCCCAACGACAUCGGCAAAUUCACCCCAGCUGGAGACCGCCGAUUCUCAACAGCAGGACCGAACGUCUGGCAGCAGUAGCAUCUCUCCGUCGGGAUACGGCAUCGUUCCACCUCUUAGUCCGCCUGUUAGUGACAAUGAGGAGAUGUCCGCGCUCAACGCCCACUUGCAACCGGAAGAUAGGGGCAAAGCAACCGCCAUGGGUCUGUUCAAUAAGCCUACUGGUCCUUUCGAUGAGCAACAAUUCAUGCGCCGCCAGCUUCAGAUGCAUGAGGGUCGCAACACCCCUCCAGUGAUGACCCGUCAAUCUCCUUCCAACAGCGUUUCACGACCAGAGCCUGUUCGCUCAAGAGGCCUUUCAAACGCCAGCUACCGCUCCAAAGCCGAGUCUGCGUCAUCUCGAUACAGCGACGACGUCCCGGGCUCCAGAGCUCACAGUGUUCGAGACUAUUCGCCUCCCCGAACCGGGACCUUUAUGCUGAACCUGGAUGCUAGUGACUCUGAAGGACAGGCUGGCGAUGAACAGUCUCUGAAAAAGGUGUCUUCUGUCAAGUCCCAGGCCUUUGAUGGCAUUCACCCAGCCUUCCGCUCUCGCCCUACUUCGAGAGAUUCAGACGUUGCAUAUCCACCUCGCGAGUCGUUUGAUUUCCCCGAGGUGAAAUAUCCCGACCGCGACCUCAAUCCUAUCCAAGAAAACACCGCCAGUCCCCCAUCUCCUAUCCUCGAAGAAGCUUCGGAGAGAGCACAAGACUCUCCAACUCUGGGCCCUGCCGGCCUCGGACUGUCCAGCAUGAUCCGCACUCAUUUGAGACAUGACAGCGCACAAUCUUCCAUCUAUCCCAAUCCUCCCUCACCUAGAGCGUCUGUUCACCAAGAUGUUAUUCCUUUCAGGCUUGAUACAGAUUUGGUCAAAGAGUCCCAGGCCGAGUCUGACGAAUUGGUUUCUCCAAAGACUGAAAUUAAGCCUCCGUCGUAUCCGCCUCCAGAGCCGCCGGUGUCUGGGUUCUCAAGUGUAGCCUUGAGGGCCAAGCAACUUCGCGAUCAGGCUGCUGCUUUACGCGAGCAGACUAAUCAAGCUCGAGAGAGUUCUGAGUCGGACCGCCUGACUGAAAUGCCGCCUUCAAGCCAACCGGACCUCAACUUUGGGCACCGCCGAGGCAGCAGUACCGAAACACAAAAGGAGCGCGAAGAUUUUGCCAACGAGCUAGCAGAACGGCGAAGACGCGUGCAGGAGAAUUUGCAUCGUAUCGGCAGCCGGUCAAACAGCCCAGCCUCUGGACGACAGACACCCGAUGUUGGGUCAGGCAGAACGAGCAACACAUUUUCAGCACUGAAGAGCCGCGCAGGCAAGAACAGUCCGCCAGACCGAAGCAUCCCUGCGACAAGGGCUUUGAAAAAGCUUGGAAUGGGCAGUGCAUCGAUGAAUUCAUCCACUCCAUCGCUUGACUCUUGGAGGGAGGAUGAAAUGUCCCACGGGCUGGGUAAGCACUCCAACUCCAGCUCCCCUCAAGUUGGCUCUGGACGCCAGCGACCCUUCCGGGGCGCACCCUCUCGCACCACCAGCUAUGGCAGCCAGGAAGACCCCGAGCCAAUUCCAAGCCGAACAGCCUCUCCCGCCAGACAAUCAAGAGAUCGAUCCACGUCAACAUCGGGCCGGUCCAAAAGCCGCGCACGGCCGCGAGACGACCUUGGAAUGGUUGCUGAAGACCCCGUUAGUCACCCUCCUAGUCGAGGCUCGCCUAUUGUCCCUUCGUCGGCCCGUCCAUCCGUUGAUAUCGAUGACGGAUAUGCCCGUGAACGAUCAGGCUCUGCCACGUUUGGUGGGGUGUCUAGAAGCAGCAGCAGAGCUCCUGCCCCUGGCCAGGUCGACCUCACUGAUUCUCACCAUCGUCCGUCGCCCAUGGCAGCUUACUCUGCCAACGCCACGCCGCCUCUAGAAGGCCCAGAAUCGGGCAUGUCAUACGUGUCGCAAUCAAGCCCAACGUAUAACAGCAUCUCGCAGCGAAGCCCAACCAGCAACAACCUGCCAAAGAGACAGGUAGACAAAUGGCAAAUCUCCGAACCGACGUUUGUAUCAACCACAUCCAACGUGCCGAUUGUCGACCUGCAUGCUGCGGCUAGUCUCCCAAACGGCGUGGAGAUACCCCCUGCUGUGCCACCCAUGAACCCUCGCCGCAAACGGACUGGCACAGGCACAGGCUCCAUGCAUCGGCCUCAAACAGCAUCUGCGCGAUCCAGUCAAGACGAACGCCGACCGAUGACGUCGUUUGAUGACGAGAAGCGCCAACUUGCACACCAACGACUUCGCAAAAUGUCCAGUGAAGGGACCAGUCUGCAUGGACGAUCUCGGCCAGGAACCAUUACUGCUCCUGCCAACUAUCCUCCACCACCUACUACAUCAGUAGAAGGGGGGAUGAUCUAA